AUGGCAGUCUCUACCACGAACAAACGAAAGAUUCUAGGGGUCGGCCCGGGUGCAGGUGCUAUCGAAGAAUUCAAGCAAUUAUGUGAGGACUACGAGGUGCACAUGGUCAAUAGAGGCCCGAGAGAUAAGGUCAAAGCUGAGAUCAAGCGAUUGUGCGAGACCGAAGGACCCUUUGAGGCCGCAUUCUUGUUUUUCGCGAAUGGAACCUACGCACCUAUGGACGAAGACUUGCUGGGCCCUCUAUGGCAGAACGGAAAUAAGGUUGGCUGCUUCGCUCAAUGCGGAACAGGUUAUGACAAUGUUAGAGUGAAUGACAUAACGGCACAUGGUUGUUACUUCACCAAUACCCCGGAUGCGGUCACGCUGGCAACUGCGGAUUUCACCGUUCUGCUCUUCCUAUCGGUUUUGAGGGGUUUGACCAUGGCGGAGAGAGCAGCUAAUCUGGGCAAGAACCACGCGGAAGUGGAGUUGACUGUGGAUCCGGCGGGUUUGACGUUAGGUGUCAUUGGUCUCGGUCGGAUAGGCAAGGACUUCAUCAAGAAGUGUCAGGCGUUCGGAAUCAAUGCAAUUUACCACACCAGAAACCCGCUUUCCGCCGAGGAAGAAGCAAAGCUCGACGUAAAAUACGCAACGAGGGACGAGCUGUGCAAGGAGGCAGAUGUUAUAGCCGUCCUGACGCCUCAUACGCCGGAAACAUUCCAUAUUCUGGAUCACGAGCAAUUCGCCAUGAUGAAAGAUGGAGUUUUCAUCAUUAACAGCUCGAGAGGGCCAACAAUCAACGAGGAGGCUCUCAUCAAUGCAUUGAAGAGCAACAAGGUGAAGAGAGCCGCGUUGGAUGUCUUUGAGAACGAACCUGCAAUUCCGGAGUACUUCAAGAACAACCCAAGGGUCACCAUAACUCCACAUGUGGCUGCUUAUACCAAAGGAACAAUCUAUAGAGGUGAAAGAGACGCGAUGGCGAAUGUGAGGGCAUUCUUUGAGCAGGGGCAUCCGAAUACACCCGUGAAUGGACCUUUCCAGUAA